CUUUUCCCUCUGUGAACUUCCUGCGUUGGGUGAUCUUUCAUCUUGUUCUCUAUUUCCUCUCGUACACGCGCCGUUUGGCACCUCAUCAUUACUUGUUGCUUCUUUGCUUCUACUAUCGCUCCUCCGAUGCCGUAGUCCCAAUCUCCUCCAUUCCUUGUUCCUCCUCACCAUGACCUCCCUGGUGACCUCAGCACUCGAUCAGGCUCGUGGCUUUGCUGGGGCCUUUGCAUGGGGACCAGCUGUCAGCGUCUCCAGGAAUCUGGUUCUCGCCCUAUUGAGUCGCAUCCAACGUGGCCGUCUCACGAUCCUAGAAAACGAUGGGACCACAACCAUAUGCGGGCAAACCUCAGGUGACCCUGUUGAACCAAAUGUCCACCUGCGUGUAGUGCGCGAUGCCUUCUGGUUGCGGUUGGCUCUCUUUGCAGAUAUGGGUUUCGCCGAAUCUUUCAUGCUGGGCGAAAUACAAUGUCCGGAUCUGACUGCCUUCUUUAGAAUCUUCAUCCUCAACCGUGACAACCUGUCCAAUGCCACCACCCUCACCUCCUCCCUCUCCUCCGCGAUCAGUGGUUUCCUGCGCCGCACAAACACCUUGGCCAAUGCCCAGUUGAAUAUCAGUGCUCAUUACGACAUCAGCAAUGCCAUGUUCGAGGCCUUUUUAUCUCCAGACAUGACCUAUUCUUGUCCCAUAUGGAAGCCGAAGUCGGACAUGACUGAAGAAAAGGCAGAUGAAACUCUGCAAGAGGCCCAGUAUCGCAAACUGGACAGGUUCAUUGACAAUGCCAAAAUCAAACCCUCCGACCAUGUCCUUGAGAUCGGCACGGGCUGGGGCAGCUUAGCCAUCAGAGCCGUCCAGAGGACCGGUUGUCGCGUCACCUCGCUCACCCUCAGUCAUGAACAAAAAGAUUUGGCAGAUCGCCGAAUAGCGGAUGCUGGACUGACCGACAACAUUGAAGUCUUGCUGUGCGACUACCGAGCCCUUCCCAUGCCUCGCGAAGGCCCCUACGACAAGAUCAUCAGUAUUGAGAUGAUUGAAGCCGUCGGACGGGAGUUCUUGACCACAUAUUUUGAGUGUGUCCAUAAACUGCUCAAGCCUAUUGGUGGCAUUGCCGUCUUCCAAUCCAUCACAAUGCCCGAAUCGAGAUAUGAGGCUUAUGCCAAAGGUCAAGACUUUAUUCGAAAGUAUAUUUUCCCCGGCGGACACCUCCCCUCUGUAUCCCAGCUGGUAGAAGCCAUCAACAAAGGAAGUAAAGGUCUGUUGAUUGUGGAUUCAAUAGAGAAUAUUGGGCCUCAUUACGCCAAAACUUUGAGACUGUGGAAGGACAAUUUCCAGCAAAACUUUGACGCUAGGAUCCGCCCGGCAUUAUUGGCAGAACAUGACGGAAUGACCGAGAGUGAUGUGUCCCUGUUCCGGAGAAAAUGGGAGUACUAUUUCACAUAUUGUGAAGCAGGCUUCAAUACCAGAACGCUGGGAGAUGUCAUCAUCACUGUCUCGCGGGAGGGAGCCAUGGAGUUGAUGGAAGAUGUUCCUCUGUAGCACUCGUGAUACCAUAAUGACAUGCCACUCCAAUCUUGGAUAAUUCUGUUGUGUUUGG